GCAGCUGUAUGCUCCGUGUGUCAUUUGUGGCGAUCAUUAUGGUAUAGCCUCGGGAAGUGUGUUUUCCUCUACUUCGGUUCGGAUAAAUGGGUGAUCACGCGUUUACGUCGCCUGCUCCCUCUAACAUCAUAUCCUUGUCGGAGUUGUCCCAGUUCAUCAGAUACUACAACAGCCCGGUGUGUGAUCUCCUGCAUUACGGCCAUCAUAAUAACUCCUCGUCUCUGUUUCCCCUCGUUGCAGCUCAGCAAACCAUGCAGGAUGAUUUACUGAUGGACAAAAACAAAGCCCAGCCUCACCAUCAGCAAGACCCGACGCAAGUAGACCCUCCUCCCUCAACCCCGACCCCGUCAUCGGAGCCCACUUCUUCUUCAUCGGAGUCGGAGAGCCCGUCUUCGGCUUCAGCGCUGAACAGCAGGGACAAGAUGCCGAUGGAGUCGCCGAUCCUGCCCGGGUUGAGCUAUCACCACCAGCCGCAGUCUGAGACUGGCGGCCCCCUGUCCUCCCCGUCCUCCUCGUACGGGAGCACUUGGUCCACGGGAACCACUAACUCCGCCGUGGACGACAGCUUUUUCCAGGGAAUACCCUCGGUGAACGGGACGAUGCUUUUCCAGAACUUCCCCCAUCAUGUCAACCCGGUGUUCGGGGGGAAUUUCUCCCCGCAGAUGGGUCUGGCUCCCCAGUCCCAGCAGCACCAACAGCAAGCCCAGCAGCAGCAGCCCCCCCAGCAGAGGAGAUCCCCUGUCAGCCCCAACCAAGGCCCCUUCCCCCAGAGAAACGCUUAUCAGACCAUUAUGAAUAACAGCAAAGUGUCGUCGUCUUCUUCUGGUUCGUCGUCCGCUUGGAAUAAUCACCAAAACGCGGCUUGGAGCACAGCCUCCAACCCGUGGAGCGGGCUGCAGGCGGGCAGGGACCCGCGCAGAGCGGUGGGUGUCGGGGUUGGAGUCGGAGUCGGUGUCGGGGUGCCCUCUCCCCUGAACCCCAUCUCCCCCAUGAAAAAGCCCUAUAGCAGCAACGUUAUAGCACCACCCAAGUUCCCAAGACCCGGUCCCCUCACCCCAAAGCCUUGGAUGGAGGACAGCGCCUUCAGGACUGACAACAGCAACAACAUACUGCCUUUCCAGGACCGGAAUCGGCCCUUUGAUGCUUUUAGCUUGCACUCUUUGGAGAAUUCCUUAAUGGAUAUGAUAAGGACUGACCAUGACAAAGGUAAACCACACCCUGCCGGUGGCCCACCAAUGACUAUCGCUGAUAUUAUAUGGAGGAAUCAUUUUGCAGGACGCAUGGGCCUCAACUUCCAUCAUCCUGGAGCAGAGCACAUCAUGCCACUGAAUACCCGGAGCUAUGGCCGCAGAAGAGGCCGUUCCUGUCUUUUUCCCUUUGAAGAUGGUUUCCUGGACGACGGUCACGGUGACCCCUCUUUGACCCCGGGCCUGAACUCGCCGACCCGCUGCCAGAACGGAGAGAGGAUGGAGCGCUACUCCAGGAAGGUCUUUGUCGGAGGCCUCCCCCCUGACAUAGAUGAAGAUGAGAUCACCAACAGUUUCCGUCGCUAUGGGCACCUGGUGGUGGACUGGCCCCACAAAGCGGAGAGCAAGUCCUACUUCCCACCUAAAGGCUAUGCCUUCCUGCUCUUCCAGGAAGAGACUUCUGUCCAGGCCUUGAUCGACGCCUGCAUCGAGGAGGACGGCAAGCUGUACCUGUGUGUGUCCAGUCCCACCAUCAAAGACAAACCGGUCCAGAUCCGUCCCUGGAACCUGAGCGACAGCGACUUUGUCAUGGACGGCUCCCAGCCUCUGGACCCCCGCAAAACCAUCUUUGUGGGGGGGGUGCCGCGGCCCCUUCGUGCCGUGGAGCUGGCUAUGAUCAUGGACCGGCUGUACGGAGGUGUUUGCUACGCUGGCAUCGACACCGACCCGGAGCUCAAAUAUCCAAAGGGCGCGGGGCGCGUGGCCUUCUCCAAUCAGCAGAGCUACAUCGCCGCCAUCAGCGCUCGCUUCGUUCAGCUGCAGCACAAUGACAUCGACAAAAGGGUGGAGGUGAAGCCGUACGUCUUGGACGACCAGAUGUGUGAUGAGUGCCAGGGGGCUCGCUGUGGGGGGAAGUUCGCCCCCUUCUUCUGUGCCAACGUCACCUGCCUGCAGUACUACUGCGAGUACUGCUGGGCCAGCAUCCACUCACGAGCCGGACGAGAGUUUCACAAGCCACUGGUGAAGGAGGGAGGCGACCGCCCCCGACACGUGUCCUUCCGCUGGAGCUGAGGGGGGGUAUACCAGUCAGCCCUGCCCCGGUGAACCACACUCAACCCCGAUAGGCAGCGCUGCAACACCCCCCACACACACACACACACACACACACACACACACACACACACACACACACACACACACACAGCCCCACACACACACAGCCCCACACACACAGCCCCCCCACUCCCCACAAACAUGAAAAAAGUAAACGGAUACGUCUAACCCAUGGGACUGUCUUCAUACCACACGGAUUCGAACUCAUUGUCUACCCCUCCGAUGAAGCAUUGUCGGGGUGUGAAAUGCGAAAGUCUAUCAAUUUAGAAUUGCACUUGCACAAAAUCUCACUAAACACACACACACACACACACACACACACACACACAUACACACACACACACACACACACACACA